AUGCACCAGAAUAAUAAUUUCUCCUACACCUGGGGCUUCCCGCUCCUGGGGCUUCCUAUACCUGGGGCUUCCCGCUCCUGGGCUUCCUACACCUGGGGCUUCCCGCUCCUGGGCUUCCUACACCUGCGGUUUCCCGCUCCUGGGGCUUCCCGCUCCUGGGGCUUCCCGCUCCUGGGGCUUCCUGCUCCUGGGGCUUCCCGCUCCUGGGGCUUCCUACACCUGGGGCUUCCCGCUCCUGUAGCUUCCUACACCUGGGGCUUCCUACACCUGGGGCUUCCCGCUCCCGGGGCUUCCUACACCUGGGGCUUCCUACACCUGGGGCUUCCCGCUCCUGGGGCUUCCUACAUCUGGGGCUUCCCGCUCCUGGAGCUUCCUACACCUGGGGCUUCCCGCUCCUGGAGCUUCCUACACCUGGGGCUUCCCGCUCCUGGAGCUUCAUACACCUGGGGCUUCCCGCUCCUGGAGCUUCCUACACCUGGGGCUUCCUUCACCUGGGGCUUCCCGCUCCUGGAGCUUCCUACACCUGGGGCUUCCCGCUCCUGGAGCUUCCUACACCUGGGGCUUCCCGCUCUUAGAGCUUCCUACACCUGGGGCUUCCUACACCUUGGGCUUCCCGCUCCUGGGGCUUCCCGCGCCUGGGGGCUUCCCGCUCCUGGGGGCUUCCCGCUCCUGGGGCUUCCUUCACCUGGGGCUUCCCGCUCCUGGGGCUUCCUACACCUGGGGCUUCCCGCUCCUGGGGCUUCCUACAUCUGGGGCUUCCCGCUCCUGGGGCUUCCUUCACCUGGGGCUUCCCGCUCAUGGGGCUUCCUACACCUGGGGCUUCCCGCUCCUGGGGCUUCCUACACCUGGGGCUUCCCGCUCCUGGGGCUUCCUUCACCUGGGGCUUCCCGCUCCUGGGGCUUCCUACACCUGGGGCUUCCUACAUCUGGGGCUUCCCGCUCCUGGGGCUUCCUACACCUGGGGCUUUCCGCUUCUGGGGCUUCCCGCUCCUGGGGCUUCCUACACCUGGGGCUUCCUACACCUGGGGCUUCCCGCUCCUGGGGCUUCCUACACCUGGGGCUUCCCGCUCCUGGGGCUUCCUACACCUGGGGCUUCCCGUUCCUGGGCUUCCUACACCUGCGGUUUCCCGCUCCUGGAGCUUCCUACACCUGGGGCUUCCCGCUCCUGGGGCUUCCUACACCUGGGGCUUCCUACACCUGGGGCUUCCUACACCUGGGGCUUCCCGCUCCUGGGGCUUCCUACACCUGGGGCUUCCCGCUCCUGGGGCUUCCUACACCUGGGGCUUCCCGCUCCUGGGGCUUCCUACACCUGGGGCUUCCCGCUCCUGGGGCUUCCUACACCUGGGGCUUCCCGCUCCUGGGCUUCCUACACCUGCGGUUUCCCGCUCCUGGGGCUUCCUACACCUGGGGCUUCCCGCUCCUGGGCUUCCUACACCUGCGGUUUCCCGCUCCUGGGGCUUCCUACACCUGGGGCUUCCUACACCUGGGGCUUCCCGCUCCUGGGGCUUCCUACACCUGA